AUGAGUGAUAACUUCAACCAUAAGAUUAUCAUGAAAGAAGGUGAUGAAAUGGCAACACUCGUUUUUCACUGGGAAUGUAAUGAACCAAAUGGACACAUUUUUGAUGGAUGCCGCAACUUUCUGAGAAUGGGUGAUGACGAGAUUCAAGCCUAUAUUUGUGUGUUAUGCGGUUGUCACCGAGAUUUCCACCGCCGUCAAACUGUUCAAGUUCUUCCUGAAAACGCCCUUGAAUAUCUCCGGCUGGUGGAUCUCACCAUGAAUCUUAAUCCUCCUCCUCAUCAGAUUCCGCCGCCAUUUUAUGUUCAGAAUCACAACUUCUUUCCAUACCCUAAUUUUCUUAGGGCUGUUUACGAGAAUAGGGAAGAAGGAGAGAUCCGGGGAAAGGUGAUAACUAAGAAGGAACAUAGGAGAACAACUUUGACAUUAUCUCAAAAAGAGAUAAUGAAAGGUUAUGCUGAUAAGCUUCAAUGGAGGCUUUUGGGUCAUGAUGAAAAUAAACUUCAUGAGUUUUGUCAUGAGAUUGGUGUGACACCACAGGUUUUCAAGACAUGGUUGAGGAAUAACAAGAACAAGCUUUUUCGAGGAGUUAACGCCGCCUCGGAUGCCACCACCAGCUGUGCCGGUCAGUCAUCGCAUUAUCGCGGAGGCGGCGAUGGAAACGGCGACGGCGGCGGCGAUGGGAAUGGUGGAAGCAACGGUGGGAUGGUUGGUGGACGUGGCUGA